GCAGCUAGCGGCCAACACAGCGCACACAUUUCCCACUUCCAUGUGAGACAAACUGAGCCGUGUACCUUACAGGCGACAGAAGAAUAUGCUGUUCGGACGCCUGACGUGUUACCGCAGCGGCUUUUGAGUCACCAUUGUCACCCGGUUUUCAUUUUGGAGGAUUCCUCCCUCCAUCCUCCGGAUCGCACCGAACAGGCAAUGACAACGGUCUCAGCAACCCCGCAGCAGAUGAGGGACCGGCUGCUGCAGGCCAUCGACAGUCAGAGCAAUAUAUGCAAUAUGGUGGUUGUAUUGGAGGUAAUUGCCUGUCUUGAAAAAUAUCCUAUCACCAAAGAAGCACUUGAGGAAACUCGACUAGGAAAGUUGAUCAAUGAUGUCAGGAAGAAGACCAAGGAUGAAGACCUUGCAAAGCGUGCUAAGAAACUCUUAAGGAACUGGCAAAAGCUGAUUGAACCCGGGCCAGCUGUGGCUGCGAGUGCCCCUGGGUCUACCAAUGGUAGUUCUCAUCCCUGCAGAACAGAUGCCUCUCCUCCUGAUAUUUCUGUGUCAGGGAAGGGUGUCACUGAGGUCAAAAUCAGAAAUGAUGUUCACAACACAUAUUCACCAAAAGCUGAAAAAUCAAGCAGUCGUAAGCGGCGGGCAGAGCACAGAGACAGUGGAGUGCACUUACCAGAAAAAAUCUCCAAGAUGUCUCCAUAUGAUAACAAUGUUUCACCACCACCCACCAAUGGGAUUGCAGGCAGCCCAGAUGCCCAGCCUGAUCAGGAGGUUGUUCCGUCUCCUGACAGAUCUCGAAUAGAGCACCUUGAUAACGAUAAAACCAACAGAAUUCCGGUUAAUGCUGUCAAGCCUCGCCCCAGCUCCCCUGGAGUGGCCAAACUACCUAGCACUUCCUCUUUGAUCAAGGUUGCUGUGAUGCAGCAACAGGCCAGACUGGAUGAAGGAGGAGGAGGGGGCUAUUAUCAAGCCAAAAGUCCCCGUGGCCUCACUACCAGUCCAAGGAGCAUGAAGCAAGACACAGUGACCAAGCGCUCCUCAGUAUAUGCACAGAAAGGAACUCCAAUCCCAAGCCCUUCCUCUAGGGACUCUCCCUUGUCUUUGUCCCAGCCUGUAUCCUCUCCAGCCCAAGCAUCAUACGCUGACAAGCUGCCACAUUCUUCUCAUAGGUCCUCAAUGCACUGGCCCAGUUCGUCAGAAGUCCCCUCUCAUUGCCCACCACAAGACAUAUCUGCAACACUGGAAUCCCCGUCAGUCUCCCCUUCAACCUCUCUCCCCCAACAGAACUCAGAACUACACAGACCGACAUCUGAGGGAGCCAUGGCUGUGUCUGAUGACACAGACGGGUCAACGGCCCCUAACUCAGAGCAUAAAAGGAGGAAGUACAGGUCUAGAGACUACUCUGUCAACUUAGAUGGCCAGAAAAUAGAGGACACGACUAAACCUGUACGGUUAAAAGAACGCAGACUAACAUUUGACCCUGUGACAGGUCAGAUCAAACCUCUGGUACAUAAAGAACCUUCUCAAACAGAGGAAAUCCCCAAUCCUGAACCUUCUGAAUCUAGGCAGAGAACUGAAAGCACUGUACAACAGCCCACUCCCCCAGUCCCUGCCCCGGCCCCGGCCCCAGCCACCACCCCAGGCCCUAGCCCUAACCCUUUCCACCAAACAAACUGGAAGGAGCUGUCCAGAAAUGAAAUCAUCCAGUCCUACUUGAACCUUCAGAGCAAUGUGCUCACCUCCUCAGGGGUCCAGGCCCCUAGUGCACACUUUUUCAUGUCAGAGUAUCUGAAAAGGGAAGAACAGGAGAUUAAGGAUUCAAGGAAGACACAUGUUCUGCAGACGGACAGCUCAGUAGGGGAUUUACCAGGCGUGAGCCGGGAGGUGACAGACGAGGACCUGGACAGGAUACACACACAGCACUGGCCAGGGGUGAAUGGUUGUUAUGAUACCAAGGGCACCUGGUAUGAUUGGACAGAGUGCAUAUCAUUGGACCCUCAUGGGGAUGAAAGCAAAUUGAACAUCCUGCCAUAUGUUUGCCUAGACUGAGGGGUUUGGGACGGUUGCUGUCCUUUUCCACUCCUUUCUUUGUCUCUACAGAGACAAGAUACUUUGUGAUUUUGUUUGUCCACUGUGAGUUUAGCAAAAGCCAGGCCUGCUAAACUCCCCCAUGCCUCUUCCUCUUUCUGUGAUAAUCUAUUGAGAUUUUGGUAUAAAAAGAGUAAAGAUUAAAAGAAGUAGUUGAGUUUGUAAUACCAAGGGCUGUUUCUGUUUUAUUUUUCAAACUGAAAGCCACAGGAAUAAUGAGGCCCUAGCUGCAGAGUGCUGGUACUAACACAGAAGGCCUAAAAGAGAGGGCAGAAUUAUCCCAGACAACCAGAAAUGGUGUUAUGAUGUGAAUUCUUAAUGUUCAGAAUUGUACCCCUGUUUCAGGGUUAUUGGGAUGAUACUGCCUUCUUCUUUUACCUUCUAGUUUCUAAUGAGGAAUUACAAUCUAGUGUUAAAUUUGAGGGGAAGGCUGGGGUUUAGCUGUCCUGUCCAGACCGCUAUGUUGGUGCCCAGAAAAGGUGUUGAUAGAGCUCAUCUAGCACAGGUAGAGCUGAACAUGUCCAGAGUAUGAAAUUCUGGAGCAUAUUUGGCAGUUACAAGAAGCUUUAUGUGAGAUAUAAAGAGUAAAUUAUAAAUUUCGUAUCAUGUAUACAUCUAUUUAUUUUUGACCAGUUCAUCAAAACAGAUGUUCAAAAACCUAUAGAUUUCUUUUUUUUCCUGUUUGCAUCACAAUGUUGUCAGCCUAAUCUUCAAUGUUAAAGGGGGCAUACAAAUGUUUUUGCAUGGUCUUUCUUUAAGAUUGAUCAAUGCAUUUGGUUAUUAACAUUCCAUACUCCACCCUUCACCCAGUUUCACUCUCUCUGUCUCAUCACACAGCUCUUAUAUGUCCAAGUAAUCUCAACUGUCAAGAAGUAAAUCCUGAGAAAUUAUUUGGUUUCAAAUGGUUCCAUUAAAUAGUGUGGUGCUACUUUGAAACUUCACUACAGUGAAAACUAUUGCCACCCACUAAUUCUCUCCCAAGCCAAUCAAUACUUGCAUUUGAGACGAAAAAAAAAAAACAACAAGGAAAUGUUUGAAUGCUGGAACUCACUUUGUUUCCAUUCCUUUAGAUAUUGUUUGCCUUCUGAAAAUCCUUGACUUUUGUAUGUUAAACAGCCUUAGUGAAUGUACAGGAUUGAGACCUCUUAUGCACUUGUACAUAAGUUGACAAUUUGUUGGUCAUUUCAUCGCUGACUUGAUUCAAGUGUGAAUAGUGAGUGAUCCUCCCACAAGUUACAGUUAUGUGCCCGUAGUUUAUUCAGACACAUUUAAAGUUCUUUCAGCUGCUUUCAAGAGUCUAGAAAAAAAAUUAGGACAUUGUUUUGAGGUAGCAUUUCCUUUGCUUCAAUUUUUAAAUACAGCAAACAUAAAAGGGAGAGAGAAAGCUGUGUGCAUCAGAUAUUCUUGGUAUUGUUCAUGUGACAACUAAUACUUAAUUUUGUUUUCCCUUUAUACUCAUCAGUCACUACCACUUUUUCUUCACAAUUUGAAUUAAGAUAGGCUUAUGCGCAGCCUUUCUUGUUGGUUUGUUUGUUUGUUCUUUCAGUCAUUCAUCCCUACCAAUGUGCCUUGGUAAAUGGUUAAUCUGGAUUUGCUUCCGCAUAAAACACGCCUGUCUGUGGAGCUGGGUUUAUGUGCGAGAAUUCCAAAUCCCAUGAUCAAAAUGAAGCUGGUAUAUGCACCGUUUCUGUUAACUUUUUGUACACAUUGAUCGAGCAAGGGUGAAGCUGCAGACAAUGAGAAACUGCACAACAACACAGCUGGCAAUAAAGGAAAAGUGCUACAACUGGUUGAUAAGAA